AUGCUGCUCAAAGCAAUGCUCGGCUCGCUGUCCGCCGGAAGUCAUGUCAUCUCGAUCAUUCUGGUGCAAAACACGAUUGUCGACGAGCUCAAUCUGUCGAGCGUGCUCAAGGCCGUCCUGGUCGCGGCCACAUUUGCAGGGUGGCUGGUUGGCGCCUUCUUUUGGGGAUUCAUCAUUGACAAGUAUGGACGUCGACCGGGACUCCUUGCAUCGCUGGCAGGAGUCACCAUUCUCGGUGCGGCGCUGUCUGCUUCGCAAGAUUUCCCGACGCUCAUCUCGCUCAGAGUCCUGACCGGCGCACAAAUCGGUGGAACAAUGCUCUGCUCGUUCACGCUGCUAUCCGAGUACAUUGCUCCGAGCAAACGGGGUAUCGUCAGCACGCUAUGGCAGACGGCAUUCGGCAUUGGCAUCAUGCUGAUGGCGCUCGGAGGGUACAUUGCCGUCCAAGUGCUCGAGGCGUCCUGGCACUGGGUGUUGGCCAUCGCGUGCAUUCCGAGUCUCCUCGCCGUUGCCGUCUUGUACUUUGUACUGCCCGAGUCUCCUCGCUACCUGCUUGUCCAAAAGCGGUACGACGACCUGACGGAUUGUUUGCAAACUGUCGUGGAUUGCAAUGGCGUGGAAAUGAUUGUCGUGUUGCCGCUGCACGAUCCCGACGCCGCCUUCUUCCCAGAUCCACGCACUGUGCACAGCAUCGAGCAUCACACCUACCACGCGAUUUCUCCCUCCUCCACUGUUGUUGCAGUCAAGUCGGAAGACGCCGAGAACGAGACUGGCAACGUCAACGGGCGUUCGAGCGAUUCAGCAACGUCCUCGCCAAGCACGACCCACACCUUGUCGCGGCACGGCAGCAAUCGCUCCACGCAAGACAUUGUGGUGGUCUCCCCGUCCGAAAUUUCCUACAAGGAGCAGCACUCCACGGAUGAUCAAGUGCUGCUCCCCCACCACGGUCACGGCCCUGCAAAAGGGCCUGUGCUGAGUGAUCUCGUCGCCCCUGCACUUCGGCGAAGCACGCUGGUUCUUGGGUUUGUGUGGUUUACCAACAGUCUGGUUUACUACGGCUUGACGUUUCUCGCCGCCGACCUCAGCUCGAACGUUUUCUUCAACACUUUUCUGUCUGGCCUAGUGGAGAUUCCUGGUUACUUGGUGGCCGUGCUCCUGGUGGAUCGCAUCGGUCGGAAAAAGAGCUUGAAUCUCUUUAUGCUGAUCGCUGGAUGCGCGACGGCCACCAUGAUUGCGCCGCUCGAGACACUGGAAAUACUGUGGUGGCGUGCGUCGGCAAGCUCUGCAUCAGUGCAGCAUUCGCUCUGA